AUGGAGGGCAGAAGAAGGAAGGGAAAUGCGGGGAAGGAGGCAGCGCAAGGCGUGACAGGACAGGGCAAGGAAAAGCAGCGCAAGGCAAGGGUGCGCAGGGCGAAGACCAGCAAAGCAGUGGAGGGCGAGGGGCAGACAGGGCGAGGAGCGCAAGGCAGGGCAAAGCGAGGAGCAGCAAGGCAGGGCAGGGCGACGAGUAGCAAGCAAGGGUACGGCGAAGAGCAGCAGAGCGCUACAGGGCGAGGAGCAGCUGGGGAGUACAGAGCGAGGAGCAGCAAGGCAGGGCAGGGUGAGGAGCAGCAAGGCAGGGCAGCGCAAGCCGGGGGUGAGGAGCAGCAACGCGAGGAGCAGCAAGGGGAAGAGCAGCAAGGCAGGGCGAGUGGCAGUAAGGCAGGACAUGGCGAGGAGCACAAGGCAGGGCAGGGCAAGGCAGGUGGACGAGGUGGACAGUGCAGCAGUAAGCAAGACAGGGCUAGGCUGGCAAGGCAUGUCGAGGCAGCGCAGGGCAGAGGGACAAGGCAGAGUAGUGAGCCCACGGCAGCGCAGAGCCGGGUGAGGAGCAGCAAGGCUUGGUUACGGGCAGGGCGACAGCAGCAAGGCAGGAUAGGGAGCACAAGGGAGGAUGAGAAGGACAGUGCAGCACCAUGCAGGGGACAGUGCAAGGAGCGCACGGCAGCUCAGCGCGAGGAACAGCAGGGCAGGGUGAAGUGCAGCCAGUCAGGGUACGGCGAGGAGCAGCAAGGUAGUGCGGGGAGACGAGCAGCAAGGCAGUACAAGGCGAUGGGCAGUAAGGCAGGGCAGGAGGAGGAGCACAAGGCAGGGCAGCGCAGGGCAGAGGGACAAGGCAGAGUAGGAGCGCACGGCAGCGCAGAGCCGGGUGAGGAGCAGCAUGGCUUGGUGACGGCAAGUAUAGGCUGGCAAGGCACAGAAGUGAGUGCAAUGGAGAGCAGAAGAAGGAAGGGCAAUGCGGGGAAGGAGGCAGCGCAAGGCGUGGAAGGACAGGCCAAGGAAAAGCAGCGCAAGGCAAGGGUGCGCAGGGCGAAGAGCAGCAAAGCAGUGGAGGGCGAGGGGCACUCAGGGCAGAGGGACAAGGCAGUGUGGGGAGCGCACGGCAGCGCGGAGCCGGGCGAGGAGGAGCAAGGCUUGGUUACGACAAGUAUUUGCGGGCAAGGCAGAGUAGGGAGUGCAAUGGAGGGCAGCAGAAGGAAGGGCGAUGCGGAGAAGGAGGCAGUGCAAGGCGAGGCAGGACAAGGCAAGGUAAAGCAGCGCAGAGCAAGGGUGGGCAGGGCGAGGACUGGGAAGGCAAAGUAG